UCUCGGGAUCAGGGGAUGUCGGCACACGCGGUGCCGCGGUGCCGGGCGCUGCGCGGUGACCACGGCCCCGUGCCCGGUGCUGCCCGCGGCCCCGUGCCCGGCGCUGACCGCGGCCCCGUGCCCGCAGCGGUGCAGACGCGUUUCGUGGAGGAGCCCGAGGACCAGACGGUGGUGGCGGGGCAGAGAAUCGUCCUGUCCUGCGUGGUGCUCAACUACUCCGGCAUCGUGCAAUGGACCAAGGACGGGCUGGCGCUGGGCAUGGGCCAGGGCCUCAAAGCGUGGCCCCGGUACCGCAUCGUGGGCACGGCCGACUCGGGCCAGUACAACCUGGAGAUCCGCGACGCCGAGCUCUCCGAUGACGCCGUCUACGAGUGCCAGGCCACCGAGGCCGCGCUGCGCUCGCGCCGCGCCAAGCUCACCGUGCUCAGUGAGGGCUGGCCCCGGUGCCACGCACGGGCCCCGGUGUCCCCCAUGGUCCCCAGUGCCCCACAUGCUCCCAUGUCCCCCAUGGUCCCGUGUCCCCAAUGUCCCACCCAGUCCCCAGUGCCCCACACGGUCCCCAAUGCCCCACAUGCUCCCGUGUCCCCCACGUCCCCCAUG